CAAUACACUUCGACGUGACCCGGCGCGCGCGCGCGCGGUGGUUGCGCUGCGUCACGCCAGGUUGGCUACGCCGCGCCAGGCGUAUGUCCGUCCCCCUACAGUUCAACGUCGCGCAGCUGCCGCAGCCGGAGUAGCGCAUGCGCAGAAAACCGCGCCGCUCCGCGCCGCCUGUGGUGGAACAUCGAAACAAAUCUUUUCGCGCGCUAUCUCUGUCGGUAGCGAUCACCACCGCGGACCGGACUGUUUUCUCGGCGAUGGCACGGACACAGACACAUGCGGCAAGACGAAAGAUUAUUCUCGCGUUGUUGGUGCGUCGUCUGCGUCGCAAGAGAAACAGGUCUCUCUACAUAAGGGAUACAUUUGAGAAGCGUCCAGAGUAUGGAGAAUACCACCACCUAGUACAGGAGCUUCGGCACAGUGAUCCUGAAUAUCAUUUCAAGUAUUUCAGGAUGACAAAGGCAUCAUUCGACAAGCUGCUGAGCCUUGUUUACCACAGGCUUGUUCAUCCUCCAACUCACAGGAGACCCAUUUCACCGGCAGAGAGGCUCGCGGUGACAUUGAGAUUUCUGGCCACAGGAGGGUCCAUGGAGGACAUUGCAUUGAGCUUCCGAAUGCAUGCUUCUACUGUAGCUAGGAUACUGAAGGAGACAUUACCAGCAAUCUGGGACUGCUUGAGGCCGCUGUGGCCACUUUGUUUGGUUGGUGAUGCAGCCUUCCCUUUGCGGACCUACUUGAUGCGGCCCUACCCUGGGAGAAAGCUGGAUGAUAGGAAAAAGGUCUUCAAUUACCGCUUGUCGAGGGCACGCAGGUGCAUUGAAAAUGCUUUCGGCAUUCUGGUCUCCCGGUGGCGGGUGUUUCUUGGAACGGUGCAAGGCGCGCCAGAGCUCCUCCACAACAUGAUUCAGGCUGCCGUAUGUUUGCACAAUUUUCUUAUGGAGGACACUGCCUACUGCCCUGACGAGUACAGCGACACGCUGUGCGGCGAGACGGUGCAUGACGGAGAAUGGCGCCACACUGUCACUGAAAUUGGCACAAAGACAGUGCCGUCAAACAACCGCCCCACCUCAGCUGCCAUGGCAAUGAGGGACGAAGUAGCAGACUAUUUUAUGUCUCCAGAAGGUUCAUUGCCGUGGCAGCUGAAGGUUGUCAGGCGAUGCUAA